GCAUCUGUCGUCGCUUCGCUUCACUUCCGCUUCGCUCGCGCGCCCCCUACUGAGCCAGCGCCUCGCACGGCAGUUGGGCCCAUUCGACGCGCCUCCCUCAGGCGCACCCCGCCGUGUGGCUCCCCUCCCCCCUCGACGCCCACAAGGCGCGCUAGAAGAAAAAGUCCGCAACAGCCAUGAAGUGGCUCCGCUCGGCCGAGAUGGAGUACAUCUCGCUCAUCGUGAACGAGGACGCGGCCCACGACUGCGUGCAGAAGCUGGGCGACCUGGGUGUGCUGGAGUUCACGGACCUGAACCCGGAGCUCACGCCGUUCCAGCGGCGCUACGUCAACUACGUCAAGCGCUGCGACGAGAUGGAGCGCAAGCUGCGCUACUUUGAGGUGGAGCUGGCCAAGUUCAGCAUCGCGCCCAAGCCGGCGGGCUCCGUCGACCAGUUCCUACAGGGCUCGGCCGACAUCCGCUACGGCUCGCAGGACACGGCGGCGCGCGCGCUGGACACGCUCGAGCGCCUGCUGGAGGACAAGGAGCAGGAGCUGCUGCAGCUCAACUCGAUGCACGAGAAGCUCACGCGCGAGUACAACGAGCGCAAGGAGCUGCAGGAGAUCAUCUCGCGCGCCGGCGAGUUCUUCGAGAUCGAGAUUCCUGAGGUGCAGGCGCGCCGCAACUCGCGCACGGCGUCGCGCUCGGGUGGGUACAGCUUCGUGGAGACGUCCCCGGGACUGGGAGCUGGCGAGGACUCGUCCACGCUGCGCUUCCGCAAUGUGACGGGCGUCGUGCCUGCCGAUGAGCGGCUCAAGUUCGAGCGCAUGAUCUUCCGCACCACGCGCGGCAACUGCUUCACCCGCUUCUCCCCUAUUGAGGAGCCGCUCGCGGACCCGUCCAACGGCCAGCCCGUGACCAAGCACGCCUUCGUCAUCUUCUUCCAGUCUACCUUCAUUGAGAACAAGCUGCGCAAGAUCUGCGACGCCUUCCAUGCGCGGCUGUACUCGCUGCCGCCGAUGGACGACCGCGCGGCCAUUGCCCACCUGAUCCAGAGCAACGCAGGAGAGCUGAACCAGAGCAGCCACAUCCUGCGCCGCAACCGCGAGAGUUGCGUGCUGCUGUGCCGCGACCUGGCGGAGACGCUCGAGUCCUGGAAGUGGUCAGUGCUGCAGGAGAAGGCCACGUACCACGCGCUUAACAUGUUCCGUGCUGACGUGAGUGGCAUGCUGCGCGCGGAGGGCUGGGUCAUCAAGGAGGCGCUUCCAAGCGUGCGUCAUGCUGUGACGCGAGCGCACACGGCGGCUGAUGACAAGUCUAUGCCGUCACUUGUUGACACUGUAGCCAAGCCGUGGCCUGUGCCACCCACGUACUUCGAGACGAACAAGUUCACGGAAGCCUUCCAAUCCUUCGUGGAGACGUACGGCUGCCCUCGAUACCGUGAGGUGAACCCUUCGGUGUUCACCAUGGUGACGUUCCCGUUCCUCUUCGGUGUCAUGUACGGCGAUAUCGGUCACGGCCUUUGCGUGUUGCUCUUUGGUCUGUACUUGAUCCUGACGGAGCGCCGUCUCGAGCAGCCAGGGGGUAUGGGCGAAAUGGCGGCGUCGAUUUACGGCGGACGCUACAUGCUGUUUAUGAUGGGAGCCUUCGCCAUGUACGCUGGCCUCAUUUACAACGACUUCUUCUCGCUGCCGCUGAACUUGUUCGGCUCCAAGUUCGCGUACCCGGACUGCCUCGAGUCUCACGACCGCGAGGCCAAAUGCGUGGCCGAGUACAUUAUCGACGGCAAGAUGUCCUACGUUAACGCUACGGACGUCUCUGGUGGUGAUAACGUGUACGCGGUUGGUCUGGACCCGGUCUGGAAGACGUCUUCGAACGAGCUGCUGUUCUUCAACUCGUUCAAGAUGAAGAUCUCGGUGAUCUUUGGUAUCGUCCAGAUGACGUUCGGUAUCCUGCUCAAGGGCUGGAACAACCUGUACUUCCGCGACUACUCGACCUUCUUCUUCGAGUUCGUGCCGCAGAUUGUGUUCGCCGUCUCGCUCUUCUGCUACAUGAUCGUGCUGAUUGUCAUGAAGUGGAGCAUUGACUGGACCGAGCGCAUGAGCCACGAGGUGUGCCCGUACAAUUUCGCCGGCGAGCACACGGGUUGCCGUCCCCCUUCGCUUGUGAACACGCUGAUUAACAUCGCGCUGGCACCUGGCAACGUGGUGGACCCGCUGUACGAGGGCCAGCUCGAGACCCAGCAGACGCUUCUGAUGAUGGCGUUUGUUUCCGUGCCGGCGAUGCUGCUGAUCAAGCCCAUCUACCUCAAGUUCCAGAACGACCGCGCUGCGCCCCCUGUGAGCCACCACGUGGACUUCGACGACGAGGCCGAGGAGCGCUUGGUGUCGCACCACCACGGCAACUCGAGCGGCGGUGGUGGCCACGGUGGCCACGGCGAGGAGUUCGAGUUCGGCGAAGUGGUGAUUCACCAGGGUAUCGAAACCAUCGAGUUCGUGCUGGGUAUGGUCUCGAACACGGCCUCAUACUUGCGUCUGUGGGCCCUGAGUCUGGCCCACUCGGAACUGGCCACCGUGUUCUGGGAGAAGACGAUGCUGUCCACCAUCAACAGCGACUCGUUCAUCGCCAUCUUCAUCGGCUUCGCGGUGUUCGCGGCGACGACGUUCGGCGUCAUCCUGGCCAUGGACGUGCUGGAGUGCUUCUUGCACGCGCUGCGUCUGCACUGGGUGGAGUUCCAGAACAAGUUCUACAAGGCCGACGGCCACAAGUUCCACCCCUUCUCGUUCAAGCAGACGAUCAAGGACUCGCAGCAGCUUUAG